AUGUCAGACGAACUAACAUCCCAGAGCGAUACCUCUUCGGAGGACAGUGAGCCCAUGAACAAUGAAAUCAUACCGGUACUAUCCACCAAUGGUUCACCGAGAUCGGCUGGGUGUGUUAAACUGUCUCUGGAUGACCAUAUUAGAGCAUUUUUAAAGAAAGAGAAUUUGGACCGACAGUUUGAAUGUCUAAACUGUAGCAGCGAACUUAUGGACAAAGUGGUUUCAAAUUAUCUUAUUGUUAAGCAGAUUAUGAGUAAUAUGCAUUGGCGAGAUAAGUUAUUGUGUAAACAAGUAUGCACAACAUGGCACUCUGCAGUGCAGGCUUUGAGGAGGGAGCAGUUGGCACCUAUGGACUUCUCUAUGGACUCCCUAUUGUCAUCUAGCAUUUGGGCGACGUCUAGUGAUCUUGUAAAUGAGCCGUUGGUAGUUAUGACGUUUGUCAACGGUGCUGGGUUAAGCAUGAUAAGAUUGUGUCAAUCAAUUUAUCCCCCACCUUGCUCUGUGCCAUGUUUUGAUGUUCAUAACUUGCUUGAUGCAAUACAAAAAUACACAUGUGCACCUAAAGAAUGUGUAAAUAUUAUACGAUCGGACUACAUCUCAUACAUGCCAGUACCAACCUCAGUGACCUACAAACUGAUCAUCGAUCACCUGAGUACCAAACCUUACUUGGUGGGCCUGUCCAUACCAGUCAUACCAGAUGUUAAGUUUCAUACUAUCAACAUAAGAUCUAAAACAAAUAUACAACAAGAUUUUUAUGAAGUUGUCCAAAAUAUAUCAGAGGAUAGAAUUUUUAAAGGUAUAUUUGUUUAUGUAACUGACAGGUACCUUCUACACUCUGGACAAGACAUCUUUUUCUUGAACCGUUUUAAAGAAGUGCAACCAGACAUACCAUAUGCCUUAGGAGGCUGUAUAAUAGAGGACACAUUAUUCAAACACAGUGAUCUUGAAGGAGUGGUCAAACGGGUUGACAAACACCGGGACUUCAUCAGUGGCAAUUUGGUCUCUAUCAGCAUGUUCACUAUACCUAAGAACCCACAGAGCAAUGAGUGUAACUUCAAUAUGUAUUCUGUUGUCCUUGAAUCAUCAGUGUGGUCAAAAGUGAAGAUACAGCAAACUAUUAAUGAUUUUUCCAAGAGAGUGCCACAGUUUGAAUACAGUGUAGUAGUCAAACUGUCAUGCGUGGGUCGGGACAAGAAACACAAAUGGGAGCAAGAUUGCUUCCGUGCCGUGUUCCCGAAUACGAGACUCGUCGGUUGCUAUGGAAACGGAGAGUUAGGCGUUGACCACCCACCGAAACCCGACGCGUCACCAUAUCCACAAGUGAAAAAACCUUGUCCAGCACCAAACCCUCGACAUGGCUUAGUCUAUUCGUACUCUACUGUUUUUGUUUACAUGGGGUGGGGGAAGAUAUUGUCCAAUGGACCACCUUAAACUAGAGAAUCAUAGAUAUAAUAUUGAAAAGAACCAAUUUUUGUUGUGUGUUAUUUCAUGUGUGUAUGUAUUUUCAGUUUUAACACGAAAUAAAUGUUGUUUAUAUCAUUUUGCUGCUCUCCAAAAAUGUACAAACAGCAAACAAAAUAAAAUAAAACACUGAAAUCGUCAAAAGAAUACCAAUAUAGUCAAGUAUGUGUGUUUACACGCACUAUACAAAGUGCUUAUUUGCAAUACUAUUUUUAUAUUCACUCUUGUUGUCACUUUCGUGGAAUCAUUUAGCUCUCUUACUCUCUGCAUUUAUAUUUUCUCUCGUCUAGUGUUUGUGUCCACAAUUAAUCGCUGCUGAAGUGCAUAUUCAUAGUAGGUAUACGCGUAGACAUCAUUUGUGUUAGUAAUAUCCUAUUAGACCUGCAGUUUUAACUAUUAACUAGCGAUGGAAUAAAACUGUACAGUUAAAAUUGCGCAGUGAAAACUGAAGGUCUGUACCGCCAUUUAGUAGUUUUUUCAGUAGCUAACUAAGAAGUUAGCUACUGAGAUAACGAACUAAAGAGAGUGAUUCACUGCUUCUAAUUCAGUGGUUUUUGCUCCCAGAGUCGAGUCAUUUUAAAAGACCUAACUAAAUCUUUCUUUAGAAAGCAGAUCGUUCGUCAGUUUAUAUACUGCCGAUAAUGGAAUGGGGGCAAAAAUAUUUUUAUUUACAAUUUUUGUAUAAAUUUUUAUAUAAUAAAAAUAGCAAAAACUUCUGAAUUCAAAAUAUAUUAUAUAAUUCCUAAUAUACUUUAUUGGUGCAAUACAUUGUAAAUAUUGAGAGCCUUGCAGAUUUAAAAUACGAGACGUUAAAGUCCGGCCGAUUGCGGUUCUGCCAAGUCGUGCGAAUGGGACAAACAUUUUCAAUUACAAUUACCUCGUGUUUUUGUCUAUCUAUAUAUUUCUCUCACUCUCUCUCAUCAAUCAAUCAUCUCAUGUUAAAUCGCCCAUUCGACCGAUCAGAAACGCAAUCUCUGAGCGGCCGGACUUUACUUAGCUUACAGUUACAGUGCGUCAUGUCAGACGCUUGAAAGUCCGCUUGUCGGUUAGCGGCGCAUGUUAAAAUCGCUUGAAACAUCGUGUAGUUUCGUAACCGUGAUAUGGAAUUUACUUCCAAAUGAAAACUAUUGUAAAUACCAAAGAAAUGUCUUUUGCUUAGUUUUGAAAACUGCAUAUUACUUUUAAUUUCACAACAUUCGACGUCCGUUUUUCCUUUGUCAUAAAUAAUUCUAAGAGUAACAUAUUGCAUUGGAAUCCAGGUACAAUAUUUAUUGAUGUUACACUUAAGUGAACUAUAAGUUUAUAGAUUUAAGUCAUUAUUAUAGGUAGAUAUACUUAUUCUUAAUAAAAAGUUUUUUAUAUGGGUAGAUUUAAGUUAGGUUAAGUUGCAUAUAGCCGAAAUUGAACAAAAUUGAUAAUUAUUUUGCAAGUGUAGAUUAUAAUUAGCUUUGUAAAACUUUUUUAUCAUACAUAUAAUUGUAGAGAUGUGCGAAUUUAUUGGAUCUGAGGUGUAGUAGAAAUUAAGUUUAGUAUAGUAUCAACCAGCGGACGCCCGCGACAUCAUCCGCGUGAAAGUCGAUGUAAACUUUCAACUACCCUUACCCUACCCCUACCCUACCCUACCCUACCCUACUCUAUCCCUAACCUACCCAUUAAGGCUGCACUCGCGACGGAAGCUUAACGAUGGAGUAACUUCUCCCGUUUUCCCAAUAUUUCCUUUCAUUGCUCUGCUCCUAUUGAUCGUAGUGAUGAAAAGUAUACUACAACCUGCCCAGGAGUAUGAAGAACAAUUGUAAGUUUCAUUAAAUCCGUCUAGUAGUUUUUGUUUCUUUAUCGAACAUACAUACAGACAGACAAAAAAUUUACUGAUUGCAUUUUUGGCAUCAGUAUCGAUCACUAAACCCCCUGAUAGUUAUUUUGGAAAUAUAUUUCAUGUACAGAAUUGACCUCACUACAGAUUUAUUAUAAGUAUAGAUAUACUGUAGGUACUGUUGCAUCAAAUGCAACCCCUGCACAAUCAACUGAUUUUGUACGGACCGUGACAUACAUAAUACUUCAAUGUAUUGCAUUGUUUUAGUUUAUACAUAUGUCAUUUCAUUAAUUAUAACCAAAAACUGUUA